AUGUCCGCCAAGUCGAUCUUCGAAGCCGAUGGCAAGGCCAUCCUCAACUACCACCUCACUCGCGCCCCCGUUAUCAAGCCGACUCCUCUCCCUCCUUCCAGCACUCACAACCCUCCCCCCAAGCUCGCCUCUCUCUACUUCCCCGACGACCUUGCGGUGAAGGACGUUCUCGACCAGGCCGAGACCACAUACCCAUGGCUGCUCGUCCCCGGGUCCAAGUUCGUCGCUAAGCCAGACCAAUUGAUUAAGCGACGAGGCAAGAGCGGUCUCCUCGCUCUGAACAAGACCUGGGCUGAGGCCAGGGAGUGGAUUGAGGCUCGUGCUACAAAGGAACAGCAGGUUGAGACCGUUGUCGGUGUCCUCCGCCACUUCCUCGUUGAGCCUUUCGUUCCUCACCCUCAGGAGACCGAGUACUACAUCAACAUCCACUCCGUGCGUGAGGGUGACUGGAUCCUCUUCACCCACGAGGGUGGUGUCGACGUCGGCGAUGUCGACGCUAAGGCCGAGAAGCUUCUGAUUCCCGUCAACCUCAAGAACUACCCCUCCAACGAGGAAAUCGCUUCCGCACUCCUCAGCAAGGUCCCCAAGGGCAUCCACAACGUCCUGGUGGACUUCAUCUCCCGCCUCUACGCCGUCUACGUUGACUGCCAGUUCACCUACCUCGAAAUCAACCCUCUCGUUGUUAUUCCCAACGCCGAUGCCACUUCCGCCAAUGUCUACUUCCUUGACUUGGCUGCCAAGCUUGACCAGACUGCUGAGUUCGAGUGCGGUACCAAGUGGGCUGUUGCCCGUAGCCCCGCCAACCUUGGCCUGGCUGCUCUCCCCACCUCCGACAAGGUCAACAUCGACGCUGGUCCCCCCAUGGAGUUCCCCGCUCCUUUCGGUCGUGAGCUGAGCAAGGAGGAGAAGUUCAUCUCCGACAUGGACGCCAAGACUGGUGCCUCUCUUAAGCUCACUGUCCUGAACGCCAACGGCCGCGUUUGGACCCUCGUUGCCGGUGGUGGUGCCUCCGUCGUCUACGCCGAUGCCAUCGCUUCCGCUGGUUUCGUCAGCGAGCUCGCCAACUACGGUGAAUACUCCGGUGCUCCCACCGAGACCCAGACUUUCAACUACGCCCGCACCAUCCUCGACCUGAUGCUGCGCUCGCCCAUCCACCCUGACGGCAAGGUUCUUUUCAUCGGUGGUGGUAUUGCCAACUUCACGAACGUCGCCUCCACCUUCAAGGGUGUCAUCCGCGCCCUGCGGGAGGUUGCCCCCGUUCUCAACGAGCACAAGGUCCAGAUCUGGGUCCGCCGUGCUGGUCCCAACUACCAGGAGGGUCUCAAGAACAUCAAGGCCGUUGGCGAGGAGCUCGGCCUCAACAUGCACGUUUACGGCCCUGAGAUGCACGUCAGUGGUAUCGUGCCUCUUGCCCUCCAGGGCAAGCAAACUGAUAUCAAGGAGUUCGGUUCAGCGUAA